CCUCUUCGUGAGACACAUCCUUAGAGCACACCAUUACAGACCACGACUGCCACAACCACCCACACUGGUCAGCCAGCAUUCAGCGCCACCAUAGCCCCAGGACUGCAGGAUGAAGACCUGGUCACAGGCCCAGUGUGGAGGGUGCUGCACAGUCCUCCUGGGUCUCUUAACGCUGGCAUUCUCUCUCGGCAACAUCUCCACUAGAGGACAAGACGAGGGUGUGGCUUCGAACAGCCUGGAAGAUGGGCUGGGUGUGACCACGUUUUGGUGGGGGGAAUGGGCCAAGUGGACAGCCUGCACACGUACCUGUGGAGGCGGGGUUAUGUCUCAGGAGAGACAUUGUCUUAAGCAAAGAAAGAAAAAGGCUACUGGCAAGGACAGUACGACAUGCACAGGAAAUGCAAAAAGAUACCACCUCUGCAAUACGAAGGAAUGUCCCUCAACUGGAAGGAGUUUCCGGGAGGAGCAGUGCUCAUCGUUCAACUCUCAGGUGUACAAUGGAAAGAAUUACUACUGGAAGCCUCUUUACCCAGAUGACUACGUUCAUAUCUCCAGCAAUCCCUGUGACCUCCAUUGCACCACGUCAGACGGUCAGAGACAGCUGAUGGUGCCAGCCCGUGACGGGACUUCCUGCAAGUACAGCAAUUACAGGGGAGUCUGUGUAGACAGCAGGUGUGAGCCGAUUGGCUGUGAUGGCGUCCUCUUCUCUCCCAACACACUGGACAAGUGUGGUGUGUGUCAAGGAGAUGGGAGUAGCUGUAGCCGGGUGACUGGAAACUUCCGGCGGGGAGCCUCCAGCCUGGGAUAUUCCUUCAUUACACAAAUUCCAGAGGGCUCGUGGGACAUCCAGGUCAUCGAGCGGAAGAAGUCUGCAGAUAUACUAGCUGUGACAGACCAGGCUGGGAACUUUUUCUUCAAUGGUGCAUACAAGGUGGACAGCCCUCAGAAUUUCCACGUGGCAGGCACCAUCUUCAAGUACCGGAGGCCCACCGAUGUGUAUGAGACGGGAAUUGAGUACAUUGUGGCAAAAGGACCCAUCGAUCAACCCAUCAAUAUACUGGUCUGGAACCAGAAUGGCCGAAACCCUUACAUCACGUAUGAGUAUACUGUGAUGCGCGACACUCUCACGCCUGUCUCUCAGCCACCCAUUUACACCGGCUCAGACGGAGGAACAAGUCAUCAGGUCUCCAUGGAGAUAGACAGCAUGUUGCCCCAUAACGAGAGCUCGCAUGUCCGAGCUGUCCCCAAGACAGAGAGGAACCAGGCAGGUGCGCGGGGCGGGGAGCCAGGUGUGGUGGAGAGACAGAGGCCCAGCCAGGAGACCAACGAGGUGUAUGAGGAUACAGCUGCCAUAGAUUAUGGAAAUAGCAGCUGGCCAAAUGGAGUGGUCACGCCUGGCAUUGCGCCAGCCAGCAGUCCUGCAGAGGAGAUGGUGGAUGCGGAGAACCUUAUAUGGAGGAUGCUUCUCGGGCAACGGAUGGACUCUGGCAACAUGCAUAUGAACAUUUCUGCCAAUCAGCUUCUGAAUGAGGGGGCGCGCCUCUCUUCUGAAGUAGAGCCAGUUGAGUUAGACUACAGUAGCACAGAGCAAGGGAUACUAAAUGGUUCGUUUCUCGAAUUUACUCUCGGCCGUCACCAUAACGACACAGGAGACCUCCUGUUUCAGAACCGGACCCUGAUUACCAGCUUGAGGAGCAGCAACCGCACCAAUCGCACCAGGAGUCAUCAGAGGUUGCUACAGAAGAACAGAAUGAGUGCUGCUGAUAUGUAUCGCUGGAAGCUGUCCUCUCAAGAGCCUUGUAGCAUGACAUGCUCCAUAGGUGUGGCAAAGUCGUUUGCCAUGUGUGUGCGUUACGAUGGUGCCGAGGUGGAUGACACAUACUGUGAUGCUUUGACUCGGCCUGAACCCGUGCACGAUUUCUGCAUAGGACGGGAGUGUCAGCCCAGGUGGGAGGCUAGCAGCUGGAGCGAGUGCUCGCGGACGUGCGGCGAGGGCUUUCAGUUCCGUCUAGUGCGCUGCUGGAAGAUGCUGGCCCCGGGGCUGGACAGCUCGGUCUAUAGCGACCUCUGCACGGAAACUGAGCUAGAGCGCCCUCCGGAGCGCAGGGCCUGCAAGAGCCCCACAUGCGGGCCCCAAUGGGAGGUGGCCGAAUGGUUAGAGUGUCCAGCAAAAUGUGGCCACCGAGACUUGGUGACCCGAGAAGUCAGGUGCUCGGACGAGGUCAUGUCAUGUGACGAAGCGACCCGCCCUCCAUCUGCUAAAAAUUGCACAGGUCCGCCUUGUGAGCGCCAGUGGACAGCGUCUGAGUGGGGGCCGUGCUCUGGGACAUGCGGGCAAGGGAAGACCGUCCGGCAUGUGUACUGCAAGACGCCAGAGGGUCGGGUGGUGCCGGAGUCCCAGUGUCCACCUGAGGACAAGCCUUUGGCGGUUCAUCCCUGUGGAGAUAAAGAGUGUCCUGCACACUGGCUUUCUCAGGAUUGGGAAAGGUGCAACACAACAUGUGGACGUGGUGUAAAGAGGAGGACAGUGCUUUGCGCUGGCAUCACAGGGGGCAAGUUUCAGAUCCACGAUGAUGAGGCAUGUGAUGCCAGCAAGCGACCGUUGGAUGAGGACACGUGCUUUGAAAGGCCUUGCUUCAAGUGGUACACAACCCCUUGGUCAGAGUGUACCAAGACGUGUGGUGUAGGUGUGAGGAUGAGGGACGUGAAGUGCUACCAGGGGAGAGAGCUUGUGCGUGGGUGCGACCCUCUGACCAAACCUGUUAACAAGCAGACCUGUGCCCUGCAGGCUUGCCCCACAGAACCUCCAGAUGAGAACUGCCAGGAUCGUCCCACCACCAACUGCUCUCUGGCACUGAAGGUCAACCUCUGCAGCCACUGGUACUACAGCAAGGCCUGCUGCAAUACCUGCCGGACCACGCGCAGCUCCUAGUCCCCCUCACGCACCCCCACCACAGGGGCGAGAGCCAAGGCUCUCUGAUCACUAUUAGACCAAUGCACUUGAAUCAGGACUAGUGUCAAGGGGCAUUUCUGAAAGAGGUGAUAUACAGAAAUCCUGAAUCUGGUUCCAUCUUUUAGAUGCCUUUAUUGUUUGUUAGUUAAACUAGCUAUACUAAACUACCAGUGAUGUCAGUAUUACAGUAACAAUACCUACUUUAUGACAAAGUCCCAAUGCUUGUGGGAUACGUUAAGCAAACAUUAAAUUAUUUGGAUUAUUGCUCAGUGAAAUGUAAUUGUAAUGCAUGAAAGUUUAAGAUUCAUCAGACUGGCAGCGAUAGGGGUCAGUGUUGAAUGUUACCUCAGACUAAAGAUGGAACACUUAGUACUGUAUGUGUAAACAUAAGCUGACUCUUCAUCCUUUUGCCAGUGCCACUGCCCUGCUAUUCCUUCUGUGUCUUACCAAGCUCUUAUUGCACCUUUGCUUUUCUACAGUUUAUUUAUUGGUCAGAGCCAGGGUUCUGUUACACAUUGCCAUCUUUUUUUCUGAUUUUCUGCAGUCACCUGUAUUUUCUGUAAUGACUAAGUUAAUAGCCAAUAGCUCCCCUGACAGCAGGAAAUGAACGCCUGUUCUUUUGAUUCUCUUGUAUCAUUUAAUCUGUCAUUCAGUGAGUCCUGACACUUGAACAUGUAAUAUUUGAAAUUGUAUGCAGUUUAUAUAUUGCUCUUUUGUGGCACAAUCCAGCUAUUAAAAUAUUGCAUUGCUGUUACCUCAGAGUACAAACAGCAAUCGAAACUAGAAGUCAUUUGAUUUUAUUUUAGAAAAGUUGCACAUUUUAUUUUAC